UGUGAGCAGAGCAACAGGUUCACAGAUUACCUUAUUCCACCUGUACAUAUCUACAAAAAAGGAAAAGACAACCUUCCCUCAUUUAUUGUAACAGAUCUCACCAUAGUGGAAUCUCCUACAGGAUUAACUUCAACACUCAACUCCUGUCUUCAUUUCUAACACUGUUUUUAUUGCUGCUCACAUGGAGUCUACACUCUGCUAGGAUUUGCCUGACCUGCAACAUGUUCUAUGUUUCUCAGAUCUGCUUCUUCGUCCAAUAAACCGAGAUAUUUUAUCCGUGGUCUGGGUCUUCCUCUCACUGAUGGCUGGAUUCUUCCAGCAGUUACGACUCCUUCUUUGGAAAAAUGGCCUGGGGGUCAUCAGGCAGCCGGGCUGGUCUCUAGUUCUCCUCAUCUGGCCUGUUGUGAUCUUCAUCAUCUUAGCCAUCACGCGCUUGCAGUUUCCUCCAAUACUCAGAGACACAUGCUAUGUGGCCCCGAGGAACCUCCCGAGCGCAGGGUUCUUCCCCUUCCUGCAGUCUCUCAUGUGUAAUACUGACAGUUCCUGCUCUAGUAUGUCCUACCUCCUGGACUCCAAAUCAAAGAGCCGACGACAACGCAGGGAUGUAAACGUACACAGUUCUCCAUCAUUACCUCAUGGUUUAGCCCCUUUACCCAACCUGGAGGAAUUUGGUUUGGUCCAUACGGUCAUGAAGAGAGACACAUCCAACCAGACACAGUUCCUACAGCAAUGGGAUACAUGGCUGAAUUCCAGCAAACAGGCAUCAAACCUCACCACGUCUAUCUUGGAUGCCAUCAACAACACCAUACUGGUUGACCAGGACAGCUUGAGCUCCAUCCUGGACUCCACAGAAACCCUGAAAAUGACAUUCUGCAAUAUCUCCAUGUCUGCACUCUUCGAAUCUAAUCACCUGACCUCAGCGUUGGAGCAUUUCUGUGCGUCUGAUGAUACAGCACUGGAAGUUUCACUCUCAACGCUGAACCAGUUAAUGGCACAUUUGGUACUCCAAGAUCCAAUAAAAGUCAUUGAGGCAGUCGAGAUGUCCGUGGAAACGAUGGGCAAACUUCAGACCCAGUCGCCGGUGUGGGAUUUCCUGUUGGGAUUGCCAGAUAUCUUCUUGAAAUCCACAGACCAGGAGAGGAUCAUGGUGAUAGCUGAGAGACUGAAGGGGAUGAAGCAGGCCCUGAACUCAAUUCAGAGUAGCUUCCAGCAGAGUAACGCUUCUAUAGACAUGCUGAACCCUGUCAUCAGUGAAGGCAUCGAGAUCCUCAACUACCUCCACACCUGGGAGGGCAGAAGUACCGAUGUUAAUGUCUCCCUGGCUGAUGUACUGAUGUCGUUCAACAUGUCUCUAAUUAGCCCUGAAAUGGCCACACUGAUCCAAGAUCUGCAGAUCCCUCUGGAUAAGGUGCUUGUAUUGUUCAACAGAGAUGCUUUCACUGACUUUGUGUGUACCAGAAGGUCGUUCUGUGACAGCCAGCAAGUUGACAUGAUGUAUAGAUGGAUUGACCAAGAAAAAGUUGCUCUGCAGGUGUUUUUGGUCUGGAGUCGAGCCGCAACUUCUCCAGCGGAUCUUGCCUUUGCAAAAGACAUUCUGGGUAAAUUGUUUGGUGACUUUUUCCAGGAGGGACCAUAUACAGGCUUUGAGAACAGAGACAGCCAGCCAGAGACACUGCCGGAACAACUAUUCCUAGGCAUUGCUAAUACACUGAUGGGCAUGCUGAGUGUAACGCCAAGCUGGGAUUACAUUCAAACACUCUUGAUGGGAACUCAUUCCAGCAUGCAGUUGGUCACAGCAGUAAUAGAGACGCAGCUGGCUUAUGUCCAACCACUGCUGCACAAUCAAGAGAAUCUCCAGGCGACCUUUGUGUCUGUCAUACAGAAUGAAACUGCAGUGGAUAAUGAGAAACCUUGGUUGGAUGUGGAGCAGAAGUUGAAUCAGUUAUCCAGUGUGUUUGAUGCCACGUUGGUGUAUGAUGUCACUCCCGCUAUGAUCCUGACUGAAUGGCACAAGUUAUACAGCACUGCAAUAAAGUUCACCGACUCCCUCAAGGAGGUUGUUGAGCUCAUCCAAGACAAACUUUUCAGUCAAAUCCCACAUAACUCAACUGUCAACUGGUCUGAGAUUCUUCUAAACAGUGGUUUGGAGGAGUUUGCAAUGAUGGGGUCAGUACUUCAGAACAGCAGUCAGUGGUCAACCAUGGAGCUGUAUUUUCAAUUGGCAUACUGGAUCAUGACCUUCCAGCCAAAUAUCACCUCUCCACCAAACUGCACCUUUACACCAAAUGAUACGAUCUGUAACAUUGGAUUUACAUGGGAGGGGUUUAUUCCAGUGGUUGGAUCUCUACUCCAGGAAAUCAGUGACAAUCCAGCUGCUCUUCUGAGACCCAUCCAGGGAGCAGAGUUCCUGCUCAAGGGCAUCAUGACAGACACCUAUAUGAAUCAUCUACAAGAGUAUCUCAGCAGCACUGGAUAUAUUCUUGCUGGUGGGUCACCACAGAACCUCUCAUUGAGCCUCACUGAUUUGGUCAACCAGCACCUACAACUUCUCUUGAAUAUCUCACUCACGGAUGAUCUAGAUGAAGACAUCUUCCUUUCCAUGGUGAAUGACACUUUGGAAGCCUUUGGCCUGGGACAUUUAGGGGAUCUCUGGUCAGGGGGCUUGAACUACAGUCAACCCAAUUCUGUGGUUAUGAACAUCCUCCAUCUCUUGAGCCCAGAGUCCAUUCAGAUGCUUAACAGCGAAGGACAGUUUGCACUUCUGCAUGCCAUCUUGCUUGAACUUGGAGAACUAUUGGCUACUGAACAACAGAUCCAGUUAGAAGGUGUUCUCAACCACACACAUGCUCUGCUUCAAGAUUUGGAAUUGUGUGCAGCUAGUGGUCAAGACUGCCUGUCUGAUGCUUCACAGCUUUUCCAGAUACUAUCUUUGCUUGAUGAAGUAAUGUCAAUAGGAGAUGGUGGUAAUUUCACAAUGAUGCCCAUUGAGAGCAAUAUGACUUCCUCUGUUGCUGGUCAUAUUCUUUCCCUUCUCCUACCAUGGAACAUGUCAGAAUCUGAUGCAUAUACAGUGGAAAAUGUCAGUAAGAUCAUCCUUCUCCUUGAGCAGUUGUCUGGCUCACCUAAUCUCAGCAUCAGCAUGAUUCAGGAAGAGUUCCAAGAACUAAAUAUCACUAUUUUUGAUUUAGAACAAUUUUCAAAUCUAUCAGAAGCUUCUUCCUUGUCUCUGCUACUUUCAAAGCUCAAAGAACUUGUCAACAUCUCAGAAUACUUGAACUCUCUAGUCCAGGACCCAGGAUCUCAUAUCAAUUCCACAGUGCCAGAAUGCACCAUGAAGGGCUUAAUUGGUUUCCUUCAGGCCAUACCCAUGUUUGAAGGCUUCCAGACAAGUCUUAGAGCCACUUUAAAUAUGAUAUUUGAUGAAGCAAUGGAGUUUUGGAACAUUUCUAGUCUAGAGUCUGAGCCACUCGGAGUGACAGAAGAAGUGUUCGAAGUAAUACUGGAAAGUAUCAGACUGAAUCUUGAAAAUCUCCAUGUGGAAAAUGUGACCUUGAUUGAAGUGGAGCUUGAUACACUGGAGGGACUUUUAAAGAUGGUAUUCAAUGAUGAAUACCACUACCCUUAUUAUAUGAUCAAUUCUACACUGAUGACACAGCAGCCCUAUGCUCAGAAGGUGUAUUCUGAAAUCACCAUGUGGUACUUACAUAACCUGGAGAAUGCCACAAGUGACAGCAUGUUCAGAGAUAUUCUUUAUCCAUUCAUCCAUAUAACAGAAAUGAUGGCCACAAUCAAUACUGCUCAAGCAAAUUUUUCCACACUGGUGUCCAAUCAGAUCCAGGACUUAAUUGGCCAUGUUCAACCUCCCCUAAGUGGUGAAGAUCUGAAUCAAAUCAGUAAUAUAAUAAUAUCUCUAAUGCGGGGUCAACUACAAUUAAUAAAGAUGAACCUCGAGCUUCAACAGACCUUUCAUGAUCACUUGGGUUUACAACAUAACAUAAGUUUGCCUGCUGAUAUUGAAGCUGAGAUCCAAAACUACCUCAACAUAAUGCAAAAUUGGAUCACAAACCCGCAACUGACACUUGCAUUUAGCAAAAUAUUCCAGUGGAACAAUACUUUGACUGAUUUCACCACUCCAACUAUGGACCUUGAACAGCUGAUUCAGGCCUUGGCACCACUGCUUUCACCAGAGGAGCAGGUCUAUAUCAACAACACUGAGCAAAUCUUACAGUCUCUGAACUACAGCUUGCAGCUGGGCCAAACAGACACUGGUGUCCAGAGUGAAAACUUCACUAAAGCCAUAAUGCAUUCUGUCAGAGUGAUCUUGGAGAAUUUCAAUUACACUGAUACGACAUACACAGAUGAUGAUAUUGUAGACAUUUUCUACAACUCAUUUCAAUUGCUGCUGAACCCUAAUAUCAGCUACAAUCAAGCUCAGCAACUCAGGAAAAAAGUUGCACUCAAGACAGAAAGCUUUAUCAGUGCCAUUGCUCCAGAUUUUGCUGAAGUGUUGACGCCUAGCAUCCAGAGCCUUAUAUCAUAUAUAAACACAGUCUCAAAGCCAGGUGGACCUACCAAGUGGAAUGAAGUCAUUGUGGCCAUGAUGGAUGAAAUCCAGAAUUCUCUGCCUUCCAACAGCACAGCUAUCACCAACACAUCCUUGAUACUGGACAUCACAAACUGUAUUCUAAACCCCAAGAAAGAAAACACAAGUUUGUGGGCCAGCAUAGCAAAAUUAAACCUGGACAACCUUGAUAAUGUUACACAACAGCUUUCUGGUCUCCUGGAUUUCAUUCUCCCAUUCCUCAUGGACAAGCAGGGAAUGGGUUUGACCCCUGAAUCUGCUCGCACUCUAAUUGAAUAUGUCCCAAUACUCGUUCAGAUCUUCUCAGGGACACCUGACCCGCUCACGUUCCAGAGACUGGAAAAUAGGACAGCUACCCUUCUGUCGAGCCUGAUGGCCACACCUGCAGGGGACACCUUGCCUUUGACACUAGAUACCAUCAGGAAUAUCACGGCAUCGAUGGCGCACAGUGUGCGAGUUCAGAUGGAGCUCUUGUCCAGUCUCUCAGGUGUGCUGUCAGAUGUUUUUGCUGCUGUGGAUUCCGGUGAUGUUCCUCUCCUCACUGAUGCCCUGCUCCAAGCUGUCCAGUCCACUGUCGAAGCCACGCUACAGGCUCCUAUGAGCAGUGAAAUGCUGAAUUGCAGCGCAGUGGAAACUCUCUGGGAGCAGGUUGCUGAGGCAGUAGAGCUGAACAGCAGUGUGUUUACAGUCUGGUGUAAUGAUCAUCUCCUCCCACUGCUCGACGUUUACAACAGCUCCGAUUAUCAGCCAGCAGCCCACAAUAUAACCGGUAUAGAUCCUCAGUGGGUGGAUGAAGCAGUUGCAGACAUUGUGAGCUCUCUGGAGAUGUUUUACUCAGCUGGUCUUAAUGAGUCUCUGAUGAUGCAACAUCUGUCACAAGGCCUGGUGGAUCUCUUCAACCUGUCUUUCUCAGCAGAGGCAAAUCAAUCUGACUGGAGAGACCUGCUCUCCAAGCUACAGAGUCUAUCCUUUGUUCAGAUGGCCUUGGAGAGUGCUACACUGCAGCUGAAUAAAUCAUGCUCUAGUCCAUAUGUCCUAGCAAUACAGAAGGCUAUUGAAUACACCCUAUUGACUCAGAAUGUAACAGUGAGCCCUGAGAUGGUCAUACAUGCCCUGGACGUGGCACUCACUGCAAUGAACUUUAGUCACAAGCAAAUACAUAGUUUCCUGAGUAGUGACAUAUUCACCAUGCCUAACAGCUUGUCCACUGACAUGCUCAUAAAGGAGGUGAUCAGUAAAAUAAUUGAUAUGAGACUGCUUGGAAACUGGUCCCCAAUGUAUGAUCUAAUGGAGCAACUGCUAUAUGUAGAGAACACAAGCAAGAUCUUGUGGGCGGUGAAUGAACUGGUCAGCUGGUACAACACUACUGAAGACACUGGAGUGUAUUUUGGCAUAGAGAUGCUUACCAAGCUGUAUGAGAUGUUUACACCAUUAAUACCAGCUUUAAGCCCUCUACCAUCCUACUCUGACCUUUUUAUUGGGCUUGCUGGCAAUGCUUUGUAUGCACUGCAACAUAUUACUGGCACCACCAACCUGUUCACCCCCGUCAAUAGCUACCUAAAGCCAGUCCAAAUGAAAAUUGCUCUGGGAGACAAUCUAAAGGAUCUUGUGUCAGCAACCCAAAUUGCCAGAAGACCAGUGCGAAAUCUGACCAGAGAACCAGUGGAUGACUUUCUCGAUCUCCUGGAGAUCAACUACCAAAACUUAUCUCAGAUACUUUCCAUCCCACUCAGCUCUGAGGAAAUGCUGGAGACCAUGCAUGUUUUCUUUGCUAACCCAGAUCUGGGUAUCUUCCUCAAGGGUGUAUCCAGCGACAUGACAGGAAGCUUGGUUGAAGAUGAAACAAUUGACACAAUCCUUGGUACACUAGCCGACUUGACACUUCCAAGGAAUGGGCAAAUGUUUAUCAAGAUAACCACACAGACCAUGGAUCAAGCCUGGAAUCUGAAUAAUAUGCAGCUGAUAGAAAGCUUGGGUGGACUUGUUGGAAUGGUAAGGAUACUUUCCCAACAGUCAUCUUUGAGUAUAGCUCAGAGGAUUGAACAGAUGGCUAAUCAGCUCACUUCUGCAGCAUCAGAUACCAUGGCAGACCGAGGUAAUCUUAGUGAAAUCCUCAGAACCAUCAACAAUAUUCUGUCACAAAAUCUGCAGCAGAUGCCAAACAGCAGCCUCGAGGACCAGUCCAUCAUUCAAAACAUAAUCAGCUCUGUAUCCUUAAUGUCUGAGUCACAGAUUGACUUUGAAUCCUACAUGAUGGUGAUCAACCAAACUACUGAAGCCUUUGCCUCCCUUGUACCUCCUGAGGUAAUGGUGUAUUUCAAUAUUUCAGCACGGAUGAUGGAAGCUUUUGCAUUGCUCAUGUCAUAUCCAACAGAUCUAGAGAACGUGGUGAUGUCAAGUCAUGAAAUUGCUGAUUCAUUGGGUCUCAGCUUUGCCCUUUCUGGUAUGACCAUUCUUUCAAAUGGAGAAUCCAUUGAGGAGUUUGCAUACCCUGUUGUUCUAAACAGUGCCUUGGCAACUGAAAUCUUGUUCAAUCUCUCUGCUUCUAAUUGCACCUUUGAUAGUGAUUUCGAACGAAGCAUGGUCUUGACCCAGAUGAUGUCAAGUCUCCCAGUGGAAAUGCAAGAUGACCUCCAUCCUUUCACAUCUGCUCUCAUUUCAGCUCUUUCAGAUGUCUCAAACACAGCCCAAAUCAGACCUGCUUUCUUUCAAAUCUCCCAGAAUGUGACCAUGUUACUUAUGGAAUACUUAAACCUAACAGGAAAUCCCAUGUCCAUGGACAUGUAUUCUGUCUUGUCCACUGUUUCAAAUGAGGUAUCUGCUUGUCUCAGUGAGGGCCUAAUGAAAAAUUCUUCCUCUGUCCACCUCCCAUACAUCCUCAACUCUCUACGAGCAAUCAUAUCUUCACUGUCUUUAGAACUACCUGUGAAGGAACAGCAAUACCCCGAUGCCAUUGUCAACCUCAUGGAGACAAUGGCCUUGGCACUGAACCACACCAUCAGUACAGGGGAUGUAGCAGGUGGAAUGAAUAUGCUUUCCAGCUCUGUCCAAAACUUCCUAGCGAUGAUACCAAACAACAACAUGGAUACCGCAAGUGGCAUUAUGAGUGACCUGGAAAAUACUGUCAAGACGCUGCUCAUGGUUCACUCGUCAGAUCAAGACCCUCUAACUCAAAGUGCUAACAUGACUGAUGAGAUCCUGACCACCAUUCAGAAUUUGCUUGCCGUGGCUAACAGCAGCUCUGAAAUAGAUCUGGCAACUGCAAUCCUGGGGGCCAUCGAGAUGAACAUCAAGCCUCUGAUGGUGACAAAUGACAGUAACUGGGCUCAGAAAUUGCAAAUGGUGCUGCUAUCCAUCUCCAGUGUCCUUCCAGCUGACCUUCAAUUUGGUCCAUUCAACAGAACGAUCUUCGAAAGUUUGGCCAAUGAGCCCCCAGAAAAUCUGAAUAUCCUGCUUCACACAGUCAGCACAGUUUCUGAACUUUUCUCAACCAGCUGGAUGAACGACAGCUUUGGAGAUCUCCUGUAUGAAGUGCAGAUGCAGGUGUGUAGUGUGGAGAACAUGGAGUCUGUUCAGCUGCUGAGUAAGGCUCUGUCUCUCAGUCCGGGCUUGCUGUGUCACACAGCUCUGCCCAGCAUCCAUGCUCUUCACAGUCUUGCUUCCAACCUGGUAAACCAGACCACCGGCGUGUACGACCUGCUCUACCAGAACUUUGUUGGAGACCCCAGGACUUAUGACCUCAAAGUCAACUGGACCGACAUCCUCUCCGAUCUACUUGGCAUUAACAUCAAUGCUUUGCCGAGCUUUGUCGUCAACCAGACUGCCCCAAGUGAAAUGAAAGUGUCUGAUCUUUUGAAGAACGAGUCCCUGUUUAUAUCUGAUGUCACCCAGUACACCAGCAUUCCUAAUGACGUCUUAAACACUCUGCUGGGGUCGGCCCUGCCCAAGAGCAACCUGCAGAUCUUGUCUCUGAUGAUGGACCUGCAGCAUUGUGCGAAUCUCUCAUCCCUGAAGCUCGAGCCAGCGGCAACACUGAUCUUCAGUUCUGUCUGCUUGCUGCCAGUUCAGGAGUGGUACAGACUGGCGGUUCUGUCAGCUCGGCAUGUCAACAUGGAGAACUUUAUGUACAAGCUAAUGCUGUCCAGUGAAAUCCAGAGUCUGUUUGAUGUCCUCAUGCGGAUGGUGAAGUUUUUCACGGACAUGAUGAGUAAGCUGACUCCCACUCUGAACCGGCUGCAGGAAUAUUUCACCUCUUUCGGAGACAUGAAUCUGAUGUCCAACUCGGAGUUCCGCAGUUUGGUGAGAGGGAAACGCUCAACGCUUUCCAGCCAGGCCACCUUCAUCACCAUCUCCCGAGCCAUGUGUAAAAGAGGCAUAUUGUCACUCUUUGGAAUCUCGCAGCUUCCCAGUAUGAGUGAAAGUAAUCCGUCUCUCCAGGACCAACACAGGGUGGAGGAUCUCAUGACCAAGUUUAAAAUCCCAAAAGAUGCCACUCCAUUCUGUAAAAACUUCUACCUGGACAUGGUGAGCACCACAGGGGGCGCUGUAGCCUGGGCCUUCCUCAAGCCCAUGCUCCUGGGACAAGUGCUGUAUUACCCUGAUACACCACUCACCCAAACCAUCAUCAAGAAGUCAAACUCCACGCUGCAGCAGUUCGGUGACCUGCGUGUCUACGCUGACGAGUGGCUGCAUUCAUCGUCCUACCUCAUGCAGUCGGCGCAGCUCCUGAAUAAAACGCUGCCCAUGCUGAAGAAUUCUCUGAACAGUCCUUUCAUCCAAAACUUCAUAAAGAAGCAGGUCGACAUCGACGUGGCACAGAUGCAAGAAACUCUCAACACUUUCUCAAACAUGACUCAGUUGUUGGAGAAGAACCAGUUCAUCCUGCAGCAGAUCACCACGCUGUCCAAACUCAUGAUGAACCUCUCAUCCUGCGUCAACUUCGACCGAUACCAUGCCUUCAACUCCAUCGAGGAGCUCAGUGAGCAGGCUGAGAAACUGGCCAAAAACCGUGAACUUUACGCUAGUGUCAUUUUCAAGCUGCCCACAGGAGAAAACUCGUCCUCUUCCUCUAGCCUUCCUCCUAAAGUGGACUACACCAUCCGCAUGCACAUCGACAACUCCAUGAGAACCGACCGUGCCCGCAACCCAUUCUGGGUGAAGGCGUCCUACAUCUCUCCGCUGAAGACGCAGCGCUACAGCCACGGCUUCAUCUACCUGCAGGAGAGCAUCGAGCGGGCCAUCAUCGCCAUGCAGACUGGAGAUGUAGUGCAGGAGCCAGCCGUGCAGAUCCAGGCCUUCCCCUACCCCUGCUUCUACAGGGACGAGUACCUAAACAGCAUCACCUUUGCCUUCCCACUUGUCCUAAUGCUCAGUUGGGUGCUCUUUGUGGCUAACUUCGUCAAAAAGCUUGUCCAUGAACGAGAGCUCCGUCUACAUGAGUACAUGAAGAUGAUGGGUGUGAAUCCGUUCAGCCAUUUCGUGGCCUGGUUCAUAGAGAGCGCUGCGUUCCUCCUGGUCACUGUUAUCAUCCUGACCAUCAUCCUGAAAUCCGGCGGAGUUCUUCCCAAGAGUGACGGCUUCAUUCUCUUCCUCUACCUGUGCGACUACGCCCUGAGCAUCCUGGCCAUCAGCUUCCUCAUCAGCUCCUUCUUCGACAAGACUAACAUCGCCGGGUUGAGUGGCAGCCUCAUCUACGUCAUCUGCUUCUUCCCCUUCAUUGUGGUCAUGUGCCUGGAGGAGAACCUCUCCAUCUUCAUUAAGAGCAUGCUGAGCCUGUUUUCUCCAACAUGCUUAAGUUAUGCCAGUCAGUACGUCACCCGUUACGAGAAACAGGAAGAAGGUAUACAGUGGAACAACAUGUACCUCUCUCCUGUGGUCGGAGACACAGCGACGUUCGGGUGGCUCUGCUGGCUCCUCCUCAUUGACUCGGUUAUCUACUUCCUGCUUGGUGCCUACAUCCGCAUGGUCUUCCCAGGGAAGUAUGGUAUUGCCGCUCCAUGGUAUUUCCCCGUGAUGCCAUCGUUCUGGGCCAACAUGUUCGGCUGCAACAACAGAGCACAGAAAAAAGCAGGCAGAGGACUCCUCUUCUCCAACAUGAUGCAGGAGAGCCAGAGAAAUGGCAAAGACAAGAGCAAAGGUACGGGUGAUUUACACCCUCACGGUGACGAGGAGUUCCCAGAGCUGCUGGUUGGCGUUUCGCUGCGAGGUCUGACGAAGACCUACGGCAACAGGAAAGCCAUCGAAAACCUGAACCUGACGUUCUACGAGGGUCAUGUGACUGCACUCCUCGGGCACAAUGGAGCUGGGAAAACCACCACGAUGUCUCUCCUGACUGGGUUGUUCGCUCCCUCCUCUGGUAUGAUCGAGGUUUACGGGAAAGACAUGCAGUCGUUUACAAAGGACGUGCGUAAAAAUCUGGGUGUGUGCAUGCAGUAUGAUGUUCACUUCAACCACCUGACCACCGAGGAGCAUCUGCUGCUGUACGGCCACAUCAAAGCCCCCCACUGGAGCAAACAGGAGCUGCAGCGACAAGUGCGCAAGAUUCUGGAAGAGACAGGGAUGUACCCUCACCGUCACAAGCGGGUGGGGACGCUGUCCGGUGGCAUGAAGAGGAAGCUCUCCAUCUCCAUCGCUUUCAUUGGUGGCUCUCGGCUGGUGGUCUUGGACGAGCCCACCACUGGCGUAGACCCCUGCUCACGCCGCAGCAUCUGGGACAUCAUCCUCCAGCAUAAGAGCGAUCGUACCAUCAUUCUGUCCACCCAUCACCUGGAUGAAGCUGAGGUCCUCAGUGAUCGCAUCGCAUUCCUGGAGCGUGGAGGCCUGAAAUGCUGUGGAUCUCCAUUCUACCUGAAGGACAAGCUGGCCCGUGGAUACAAGCUCACUCUCACUAAGAAGGUCCUGCCUCCUGACUCAGAGGACAGGUUUGACAUUGAGAAAGUGAAAGCGUUCGUCCACUCUCACCUGCCCGAGGCUCAGCUGAAGGAUGGAGGAGUGGGAGAUAUCGUCUACUAUCUUCCUGUCUACAACUCCCACAGUGCACCUGCCUACUGCUCGCUGCUCAGUGGCCUGGACCACAACCUGGAGGCGCUACAGCUGGGCUGCUAUGGCAUGUCAGACACCACUCUGGAGGAGGUUUUCCUGCACUUAACAAGAGAUAGUAUGGCGCAUGAGAAGGAUCGCCCGUAUACGGUGUCCAACUCCGAGCUGGACAUAGGCGCUUCCCGAGACUGCCUGAGUGACGACCUGAACUCCGACCUGAACUCCAGCAUGUACUUCGGAGAGAAAACUAGUCUCACAGGGAACUCCAAGGUGAGCGGUUUGGCACUGAAGGUUCAGCAGGUGAUGGCCAUGCUCCUCAAACGUCUUCAUCACACCAGAAGGAACUGGAAGGGUCUGAUCUCUCAGGUUCUGCUCCCGGUGCUGUUCGUCCUUGCCGCCAUGGGCCUCGGCUCCAUCAAAAGCAACCUGCAGCAUUUCCCCGAGAUGGAGCUGACGCCUGCGAUGUACAGCUUUGGGAAACAGUACACCUUCUUCAGUAACCAGAACUCCAGUUCCAGUUAUCUGGUGGACUCCAUGAUGUCAUAUCCUGGCAUAGAUCACUACUGCAUGGGUAACCCUGACAGCGCGUUGUGUCGGAAGAAACACACAUCAGUUUCAAAUAAGUGGACUUCUGGAGGAAAUCCCACAUCUGUGUUUGAGGAAUGUCAAUGCGGUAACUUUUCACAGACAUGUCCAAAGCCUGGAUACGAGCCACCACAUAAGACCAACCCCUCGUCUCAAAUCGUCUACAACCUGAGCAACAUCAAUGUUGAGAGUUACCUUCUGGCUACUGCUAAUGACUUCAUCCGAGACAGGUAUGGAGGCUGGUCCUUUGGGAACCCCCUUCCCAACAAUCUCCAAAUGGACAUUUUGGAGGUGCCCAAGAACAGGACGUUAACGAAGGUGUGGUAUAAUCCUGAAGGCCAUCACACGAUGCCGGCCUACCUCAACAGCCUCAACAACUUCAUCCUGAGGUCCAAAAUCCCAGCAAGUAAACAGCCACAGCAGUAUGCAAUCUCUCUGUCCAGCCAUCCCUACCCUGGCCAGGUGGAAGAAGAGGAUGCCAUGGUUCGUAACUUGGUCAAUGUUCUGGUGGUGAUGUGCGUCCUCACCGGCUUCUCCAUCAUGACAGCCAGUUUUGUCAUCUACGAAGUUCAGGAGCAUCACACCGGCUCUAAGAGGCUUCAGCACAUAUCAGGCAUCAGCGAAACCUUCUACUGGAUCAUCAACUUCUUCUACGAUAUGGCCCUGUACAUGGUUCCAGUGAUUCUCUCCAUCAUCAUUAUUGCAGUUUUCCAGCUUCCUGCCUUCACUAACAGACUCAACCUGGGAGCUGUCUCACUGCUACUCAUACUCUUCGGAUUUGCCACCUUCCCCUGGAUGUACCUCAUGUCAGCCAUGUUCAAAGACGCAGAAAUGGCCUUCAUUAGCUACGUGUGUAUCAACCUCUUCCUCAGCAUAAACACCAUCAUCUCCACAUCCAUCAUGUACUUCCUGGGACAAGCUAACCAGAAUGACGAGCACAUCCAGGAGGUGUACCGCACCCUCAGCAAUGUGUUCCUAGUGUUCCCUCAGUUCAGUUUUGGGAACGGGCUGAUGGAACUGGCCCGGGUGGACCUGCAUGUCCAGAUCCUGAGCACGUAUGGAGUGGAUGCCUAUAAGAACCCGUUCAGCAUGGACGUUCUGGGGUGGAUGUUCAUCUCGCUGUUCCUGCAGGGAUUCAUCUGCUUCACUCUGCGGCUCCUCAUGAACAAGUGGCUCCUCCGCAAAGUCAGGCGGUUAUGGACAUGGCGGCUGUCAGUGCCUCAGACAGGAAGUCGGGGCAAGGAUGUGGAUGAGGACGUGUUGGCUGAACGUCAGCGCGUGGACAGUGGAGCCGCUGCUUCGGAUCUGCUGCAAGUCAGUCAGCUCACCAAGAUCUACCAACAUCUGAACCGCAGAGUGCAGGCUGUCAACAAGCUGUCCUUCAGCAUACCAGCAGGAGAGUGCUUUGGAUUGCUGGGAGUCAAUGGAGCAGGAAAGACCACCACGUUUAAGAUGCUAACCGGAGACAUCAGUCCAACAUACGGCUCGGCACACGUGCUCGACUGGGAUGGGAGGAUGGUGGACAUCAUGGACUGCAGGACGGAGGGGAUAAAUAUUGGCUACUGCCCGCAGGUUGAUGCUCUGGAUGAUCUGCUGACUGGAGAAGAGCAUUUGUACUUCUAUGCUCGCAUCAGGGGCAUCUGUAAGAGAGAGAUUGUUCAGGUGGUGAACUAUCUCCUGAAGAAACUGGGGCUGAGCUACCACAGGCAUAUCAUCAGUGAACGCUACAGCUGUGGAACGCGCCGUAAACUGUCUACAGCCCUGGCUCUGAUUGGACAACCACAGAUCCUGCUUCUGGAUGAGCCAAGCUCAGGAAUGGACCCGCACUCCAAACGCCACCUCUGGAAGAUCAUCUCUGAGGAAGUGAAGGGAAAAUGUUCUGUGGUUCUCACUUCACACAGUAUGGAGGAGUGUGAGGCUCUGUGCACUCGGCUUGCCAUCAUGGUUCAAGGCCAGUUCAGAUGUUUAGGCUCUUUACAGCACAUCAAGAACAGGUUUGGCAACGGCUUCACGGUGAAGAUGUACCUGACCUCGGCUUCCUGUGAUGUGGACACCAUCACCACGUUCAUGCAGAAACAUUUCCCCAGUACUUACCUCAAGGACCAUCACUCGUCUAUGGUGGAGUACCACGUUCCUGUAGCUCCCGGAGGCGUGGCUGACAUUUUUGACCAGCUGGAGACCAACAAGGUGGCGCUGAAGAUCAAAUACUUUUCCAUCAGUCAAACCACAUUGGAUGAGGUCUUCAUUAACUUUGCUACUGGAAAGGUCGGCAGAGACAGAGACACACAGGACGACAACGGCGACAGCUCUGAUGUGGAUGAUCCUGACAGUGAACUGCAGUGAAAUGAACAAUGAGAAUCAAGUAACUCCUUAAGAUUGUACUGUUUUACUGUAAGACUGUAAAAAAGUCAUUACAAUUUUUAUUUUUUUUUUGCCUGGAGUAAUUUAUCACAAGGUACUACUUCUUUUCUCUUCUCAAAUAAUCAAAUCUACAUCUUUCUGAAUGUGAUUUAAUCAUCCAUUACCUCUAUAGUUUUAUAAAGUGAUCUAUGCAAAUUCUAUGUCAUUAAUAUUCAUUAUGUGAUAAAAAUAUUAAGUGUCAAUAUGUGUGUUUUUUUUUUUUUCUUGGGAAGCUCUUUCUAUGAAGGCCAUAUUUAUAAUGAGCUAUAAUUGCAAUCAUACAAAAUACUUUGUUAUAUAAUUAUAGUUCUUAUAAGUUUCAGUUUAAACAAGACUUUAUACUGGAGCAAUAUUUAUUAUAAAUGUAUUAUCAAUUGUGAAUAUGCAGGAUGUCAGACUUACAUUAUACUGUCCAUUAUCAUUAAUUAUUAUUAACAUUAAUUGUUCAUCAUUAAUUAUCAUUGAUUAAUAAUAAUUAUUAAUUAUUAAUGAAACCUGUCAUGAUUUUUUCCUGCUUUUUCUUUUGUCUUAUUUCUUGAACGCAACACAACAGAAUUUACAAACACAAUUAGGUGUAAAUGAGCAACAGACAAGUUUAUAACAGAUCUAUAAUCAUUUCUAACUUGUAUUUAUAUUGAGCUUCAGAAAAAGUUUGAUUCUUAAAAAAAGUAAGAUGUUUCCUAUGAAGGUAAUAUGUGUGAUUACAUAAGAAUACGUUCAUAGCAUGUGAUUCAUAUUUGCAUCAUAAGUAGUGCUUGGAACAAAUUAUAAUCAUCCAAUAUAACAAAAAAAUAAAAUAAAAUAAAAAAGGA